ACAAAUAAAAAAAUAAUAAGGCAAUCUAUGGCAUACCACAUUGAAUUAAGAGAGAUAAACGAGUAAUUUCCAGUUUGAGUCAUUGUUAUCAAAUCUGACAACAAUCUAAAUACCACCAAAUAUUCUGAAACGUAUGAAUGACUAGCGCUCAAAGGUUUUUUCAAUAGAAAAAAUUAUUCAAGACUUACUUUGUUAGACUGAAGCAAAAACGAAUAAUGUCAAAUGCAAAAAAUGAAACCCACGAUUGUAUACUUUGAAAUAAAUAAUUUUUUAAAUGAAUUCUUACUUCGAUAUUCGGAACUUACUGAACAAAACGUUUGCACUGUCAAAUAGCGAUAAGUUAACAAUUUCCAGCAUUAUUUGGAAAGUCAACGAGAAAAUUUAUCUAUAACCACAUUAGCGAAAACAAUUUUCAUAUUAUCAGUAACAGUCUCACACAAAUAUACUAGCAAUUUGGUCGUUUCAUCAAGCAGAAACAAUAGAAGACGACGUUUUCAUGCAAGAAGGAUAACUUGAAUGACAUAAAACGCACUUUUCACUCAUCGUUUUCUCUCCUAAGAUUUUAUAAAGAUGGUACUUCUCACAAAAAAAUAACAGAAUCUAACAGAACUUUCAUAGUGCAAGCAGCUUUCAGGAGAAAUGUUUAUUAAGUAUAUAUUUUUGUGGUGUCUAUUUUGUGCAGAAGUUUUUCGACAACAAAUUGUAGAAUCUGCUAUUGUUCAUCAGUCUGAAGAGAUGAAUCCAAGUACCAGAGGAAUUGAUGCCAAGGGCAUCCUUACUUCACUAGCUUCCAACUUCUUAUCCCGACAAUACUUCCCAACAGCAGCAGCUGCAGGUUCCCAAGUUGUCUCAUUGAAUUUAACCAACCUCUUAGUUCUGGUACUCCUGAAAGCUCUCAUAUUCGCUGCAGGUUCCAUCGGCCUUGGCCAUUUGAAAGAAAAGGAAUACGAACAUUACGGUAGGAGCAUCAACCAGAAAGAAGGCGAUCAAAAUCACAACUUGGUUUUCACCGAAGACGAAAUCAUGUUGUACUUUGAAUACUUGACAGGGAAUCACGAGUGCUUGAAACUCAUAGCAUGUCAACAACCUGGUCAAGCUGAGGAUUACGUCAAUGCUGCCAAGUUGUUGCUGAAAGCAAGCCAACUUUUCUCCCUGAAUACUGAUGCUAAAUAUGAGGAUCUUUUGAGGGAUGUUGAACGAGCUAUCGAAGUCGGUGAAAAUAAAGGAAAUUGUGGCAUAUUCACUUGUAAUUCGAAUGAUUAUAACAGUUUUUAGAAUUUG